UCCAGCAGUAGGCUAUUCUUAGUUAAUUUUCGUUUUAAUAAUUUAAUCUAAAUGGAUCGAUACAUAUUUAUCAUCAUGCUUUUGGCGUGUGUUCUGCGGGUCGUGCAGUGCUACAGCUCCGGAAAGGUGACUGGGGCUUGUGACAAUAUGACACCGCAACACAAAAUAGGCGCGCAGCAAAGCCCCGCUACAUUCUAUGUCACCACUGACCGGUUCAGCUUCAAGGAGGGCGAUGAAAUCAUAGUCAAGCUCCUGGCAGGUUCCACUCCAUUCAUGGGGUUUAUGUUACAAGCCAGAGAGGUUGGAGGACGCAGUCCUCUGGGAUCCUUCACUGUAACAAGUGGAGAGGCCCAGCUACUCACCUGCAACGGACUACCUAAUUCUGCAGUUUCUCACACAUCAGAUUCAUCUAAAUCCUCCAUCCAGGCAAUAUGGAGGGCCCCCACAUCAGGCAACCUCGACUCCAUACAAUUCAGUGCAUCCUUUGUAAAAGAUUACUCCACCUUCUGGGUUGGAGUGAGAAGUUCUCCAGUUACAUACAACAUCACUGCUGUACCCCCAGCUAACAGCACAUCCACACCCAUCACCUCUACCACCUCGUUCGCCUCAUCCUCAAAAUUGUCCAACUCCAGCACUGGAUGUGGCAGCAGUAAGGUCUGUUUCAGCCAACCUCUGAACUGUGACCCUGGGGUCAGCCCAGACUGUUACUUCCUGUCUGCUAUGACCUCUCCCGGUGAUACAGCCGUCCAGUUGGAGAUGACCGGCCCUUCAGAUGGCUACAUCGCCAUCGGCUUCUCAGAUGACCAGAGGAUGGGAAAUGAUGACAUCUAUAUUUGUGGACGGGACAGUGGCGGGUUCAUCCAAUUGCAACACGCCUUUUCAACAGGAAGGAGGAGACCGGAGAUACUUCCUCUGGGAAAUGUUUCUGAUGUUAAAUCCUCAGUGAAUAAUAAUAUCAUUAGCUGUUCCUUCACGACUAGGAACCCCAUCUCAACUCAGCGAUCUGUAGGGUCCAGUUCCCUCUACUAUCUCAUGAUCGUUCACGGGCCCACCAGUAAUGGGAUAAUCGGGUUUCAUACUGGCAACUUCAUCAGUGCCACUAAAGUGGAUAUUUCAAGUCCUCAAGUUGCUACAAGUCAAAAAGAGCCACCCAUUAUUAAAGCGCAUGGUUCCUUGAUGUUGAUAGCGUGGAUGACCACAGGUAGUUUGGGAAUGAUCAUAGCCAGGUAUCUGAAAGGUGUGGCCAAGGGGAAACAUCAUUUUGGGAAAGAUGUUUGGUUUCUGGCGCACGUGUCUCUUAUGACACUCACUGUUGCUGCCACCAUCAUUGCCUUCAUUUUGGCCUUCUCAGAAGUUGGAAGCUGGAGUGGGGGCGCCCAUCCUGUGUUGGGCUGCAUCGUUAUGAUCCUGGCCUUCUUCCAGCCAAUCGCUGCCUUGUUCCGAUGUGGACCUCACCAUCACUGGCGAUUCCUCUUCAAUUGGUCGCAUGCUUUGAAUGCAGUGGCAAUAAAAGGUUUAGCUGUGGCAGCCAUAUUCACUGGGCUGUCGUAUUUUAACACCUCUGAGGAUAAUUGGCUUCUGAAGGUGAUGGGAGGGUUUGUUGGAUGGGAGGCAACGCUGUACAUCCUGCUAGAAUUCCACAUGCGAUGGAAGCGCAAUGAUCAAGCAGAGAGUGCUUCUGAAUCAACAAGAAUGGAGUUGUUACUGCUGGUCUUGUUUUUCCUUGGAAAUAUAUCCUUUUUGGUGGCACUACUUGUUGGAAUAGGCUCGUCAUGAAGAUCUGCUGAGCAAUGGACUGAGAUCUGAAUGUUGAUACAGUAUAUCUAUAAUAUAGCUCACUGUAUGGUAUAUUUUAAAUCAUUUUAUAUUUUUUUGGGACAAAUGUUUUAAAGUACCUGUCCAUUGAUUGAGGAUCGAAUGCAAUCAGCUCAUCAACUUAUACAGUAUCCCUCCAUAUAACUAUGACAGACUUUCCACGAGGACGGGGAUAUUGGACAUUUAAUCAGGGUUUAUUGACUGACAGUACUUUCUUAACAAAAAGUAAGGAAUUCUUAACAGACUUCUUCUUGCACAAUACAGGUUCAGUAAACCCACUUAUCGCACAGGAUGCCUUUUUAAUGUAACUUUAGAGGCCAUUGAAUUCAAUUUUCAUCCCCAAACCGGUAUCGGACAACAGAGAAAAUACUUACAACAGAAAUAGGAAAUCUAACAUUACACAUCAAUGGUGUUGAUAAAUGUUCUACAGAAGCACUGAAUAAUCUAGACACAAAAACAAAAGGAGUUUGAGGAACUUAUUCAGGAAAGACCGGGUUUCAUAAUAAUAAUGCUUUCAAACCCAGAGCAAAUUCAAUAUAGAAACCCAACCAAAAAGAACCAACAGAAAAAUAGUUACAAACGAUGGAGAAAUCCUUAUCUCACCAAAGGAGAUUUUGAAUGUUCCUCCAACCUCACUUGAUGAUGAGUUUUGUGAUAUCCUUCUCCCAAAAAAUAAUGUUAAACUAUCUGCGACACAAAAAAUAUAUUGUGAAGGCCUAAUUACACAGGACGAACUGUGGUUGGCAAUUGAUUAUUUUCAGAUGGGGAAAAACCCUGGCCUCGGUGGCAUUCCAAUAGAGAUAUACUUUUUAUAAACUACUGAAAGAUCUGUCAUGUUUUAAUUACUCUGAUAUAAAUGCAAAACUAUCAGACAAACAAAAAGAGGGACUGAUCUCUCUCCUACUGAAGCAGGAGCCAGGGGGGCAGCACAAAGACCCAGUCUCUUAAAAAGAUUGGAGGCUCCCCACCCUUCAAAAAUAUUGGCAAAAUAUAUAGAAUUAAAAUGGUUUUGCUGGUAAAUGAAGAGUCAACAACAUUAUUUGGUAUGAGCAAACAGAAUAUGAGCUUUUAAAAAUGAGAUUAAACAUUUUUAUUUAAAAAACGAGAUUUUCAUUGGACAGUUAUUUUAAAGAAUUUUGCCAAAAAUAUACCUGUUAUUGUUUUCACUGGAUGGCAAAGUUGUGUUUUUAUACUCUGUCACACCAUUAUAAUUAUAUUA